AUGGAAGGUCAAGAAAAUAUAUCCAAUAUGGAUAAUAUUAACACUAUUAAAGAGUAUCAUAACAAUAAUGUCAAUAAUGACCUUGCUGUAAAUGUAGAAGAAUCAGAUAAAAAUACAGAAACAUCAUUGUUACAAAAACAAUCACCAUCAGAGAAAAAUAUUCCUCCACCAGACAAAGAAGAAUUGUUAUUAAAUAAAUUAGUCUUUGGUGAAACAGCAGACGAUUUUAGGGCUGGAUUAAAAGAUACUGUAGAUUCAUUUCAGGAUUAUGCGUAUAAUUCCAACAGUGACGACGAUAAUGAUAGUAUCAGUGAUGCAGAAGAUAAAAAUGAAGAUGAAAUGGAUUUACUUAAUGACGAUCAAUUGUUUUAUGCGGAUGAAGAUGGUGAAGAAGACGAUGAACAUAGAAUGGAUGUAGAUUACGAGUCAUCCAGCACCGAUGAUGAAAGUGAUGCUUGGGUGGACUCGGAUGAUGAAAAUGUGAACAUUAAUCUUUGGGAUUCUAAUAGAUCCAAAAAAUUAAAGACAUCAUAUGUUGAAAAGAGUCUCAAUGGUAAAGAGUAUAUUAAAAGAUUAAGGGCCCAAUUUGAAAAAAUUUAUCCCAUUCCUAGGUGGGUUUAUGACAUUGAACAAAACAGUGAUACUGAAUACAAUUCCGAAGAAGAUAAUGAAGAAUCACUAGUUGGUGAUGUCAACGCUUUGAUUAAAAUAUUAAACUCCUCGACAAAAUAUACAGAUAAAAAAAGUGGUAAACAUUCUUCUAAAUUAUUACCACCUAAUAAGAUUGAAUUACUAAGGGUCAAGGAUGCAAAUGCACAGCAUCCAUCACGCGCGGCCAUUCAGACAUUAUCGUUUCAUCCAUCCAAUCAACCUAUUUUAUUAACUGGUGGCUAUGAUAGAUCUUUAAGAUUAUACCAUAUCGAUGGGAGAAACAAUCCACUAGUUACUUCAGUUUAUCUCCACGGUACACCAAUUCAAACAGCCUGUAUAUAUGUGAACAACUCAGACCCUGACACUACUAAAGUUUUCACUGGUGGUAGAAGAAGGUAUAUGCAUUCAUGGACCAUAUCUAAUGGUGACAAUCAAAAUGAGAAUGGGCAAUUGAAUAUUGAAAAGAUAAGUAGAAUGUAUGGUCACGAAAGCACUCAAAGAUCGUUUGAAAACUUUAAAAUGGGACAUUAUUUGAAUAGCAAUGGUUAUAAUACGAAGAACUCUACAUCCUCUCAUGGCAUUAUAUGUCUACAAGGUAAUAAUGGAUGGAUCAAUAUUUUACAUGCUACUACUGGUCAAUAUAUGACUGGAUGCAAGAUUGAGGGUGUUUUAAUUGAUUUUUGUAUUGAUUAUCUAAAUGUGAUUAAUAAUGGUGGGAAAGAAGAAAUACAUACAAUAAUAAUAGCCAUAAAUACAUUUGGCCAAGUUUGGGAAUUUGACUUAAACGAUGAUAAUAAGGUAAUAAACAAAUGGAAGGAUGAAAGUGGGGUUGGUAUCACUAAAAUUCAAGUUGGUGGUGCUACGAACUCUUCAUAUUUAUUAUCAUCUCAAAGCAAUAAUGAAAGUGGCAGCGGCAUCAGAUGUAAUAAUAGAUGGUUGGCCAUAGGGAGUGAAAGCGGUAUUGUGACAGUUUAUGAUAGAUACAAUAAAGGAAGUUCAAAACCAAGUUUCAUUCUAGAUCAAUUAACUACCACCAUUUCAAAUCUAGAAUUUUCACAUGAUGGCCAAUUGCUAUGUAUGGCUUCAAGAUCUUCAAAAGAUGCUUUAAAGUUGGUUCAUUUAUCCACUGGGUCAGUUUUUUCUAAUUGGCCCAAUAGUAGGACACCAUUGGGUAAGGUCACAUGCGUGAAAUUUUCACCUCGCUCAGAAUAUUUAGCAGUUGGCAAUGAACAAGGCAGAGUUAGAUUAUGGAAACUUGGACACUAUUGUUAG